AUGGCCCCCAGUUUGAGGUUGCGUCAGUGGUCCAGCGUCAGAAACCAGAACCGCCAAUCCUCACUGAGAAUGGAAGGGCUCGACGACUCGCUCCUUCCUGCACUGGGUGACUCGACCUCAUUGAAUGUGGAGUGGGGUGGGGUGGAGUGGAGUGAGGGAAGGAAGCGCGCCUGUUGGCCCGGGCCGCUGGGCCACUGCAGGUCGUGA